AUGCCACCAGAUGAUGAUUCCCUGAGCUUGAUCGAGGAAUGCACCAAGGGGGGAAUACACGCUGUUGUAUAUCUGUCACGCCUUGGGCUAAUCAAUCUAGCAAAGGAUCCUAGGAAGUGCGGCAAGCCAGACUUCAAAUCGGUACCCGAAGUUCAACGCUUCUGGGAUUCAACGAAGCCUAUUGUCGAGUCUAUUGCGACGCAAUACAAGACAAGAAACGCUAUACGCAAUGCUCUCCGAGAUCGACACAUCUGUCUAGAGGAAAUCUCAAGAGAUUGUGUAAAUAAGUUCGGCCAUCAGGUCUGGAAUGAUGGCGUUGAAAAAUCUUUCGUCACACGUAUCGAUACUCCGGACAGAGUCAGCGAGAACCGCAAAGCCAAGGAUACCUUCAGAGUUCAGAAGUCUACGAAAGCCAAGGCUCGUGUCAAGAUUGCCCAGAGCACGUAUCCAAGACAUCUAAUCUACGAAGAUCGAAGUGAUCAACACAAAAUACGUCUGCAAGUCUCUGCGUGGAUCAUCCAGCGCGCCUGUAGAAAAGUCGAAGCCGGUGGAAAGAAGAACCCUUACAAAGCACGGGUGAAAGCGUCUACGAGACCUUCGAGCUUCGUAGCAGCAGUCCGUACGAAUCGCGAUGAGCCUCAUCGCAGUCUCACCUUGUCAUCAGAUGAUGAUAUCGAUGAAUUGGACUUUGACUAUUGGGCUGGCACUUCAGGGAACACCAAACACGCAGAAAUGAUCAAUGCUGUUCCUCGAACCCUGGAGUUCCAAAACCACACGAACGGUCAAGAGGAAGCCGCAGCGAAACGAACUGGUAGGAAAUAA